AUGGCCGCGAAAAAUGUCGUUACUAUCAACAGCUUGGGUCGGCAGUCGGCUAGCUUCAUCCGUGUCGCCUCUGCCGUAGGCUGGACUGUCCGCGGUCAUAUACAUACCGACGACGGCAUCGUGGCGAGGGAACUCAAGGCCCUGCCAGGCGUGACUCUUAUCAAAGGCGCUCUCGAGGACAAGAACUAUGUCGCCGACCUGUUCAAGGAUGCCCAUGUUGCCUUUAUAAAUACCACCCACUGGGGAGACGAGGUUGCUCUCGGUCGUGCGCUUGCAGAUGCCGCAAAAAGGGCUGGUGUACAGCACUAUAUCUACAGUAGUAUGCCUGAUCAUUCAAUCUACAACCAGGGCUGGAAAGAACUUCCGUUGUGGGCGCACAAGUUCACCAUCGAGAACUAUAUCCGGCAGAUUGGUCUACCGGCAACCUUCGUAUACUGCGGAAUCUACCACAACAACUUCACCAGUCUCAAUUUUCCUCUUUUCCGUAUGGAACUGCAGCCGGACGAGGAGAGUUUCGUAUGGCAAGCACCAUUCCAUCCAGAUCACCUCCUCCCAUGGCUUGACUCGGAACAUGAUAUUGGGCCUGCAAUUCUCCAGAUUUUCAAACAGGGUCCAAGGAAGUUCAACGGUGCACGUAUACCUCUUGCUUACCAGCAUCUCACUCCAAAACAGGUUUGUCGAGCGUUUGCUCGAGGCGUAGGCCGCCCUGUGAGAUACGUGCGAGGGCCUAUCAGCAUAGAAGUCUCUAUACCCAUCGGUUAUCGUGAGCAUCUACAGGCCUUGGAAGAGACACUUGGUAAGAAGGGAGCACCAUACUUCGGACCAGAGCUCGAGCCGGACUGUACGAAGCUUGCGUUGCAACUGUGGGAAGGCUAUCGAGACCUGGAAGAGUACGCCAGGGAAGUUUUUCCGACAGAAGAAGCUGCAAAUGGCUUGACAUGGAUGGACGAACCUAAAACACCCGCGAGUGAAGUUGUUCCAGACAUCUUCCAGUUUCAGAGCAGCUGUUAG